AUGGCUGCUCAAAGCUGGGAAGACCAGGCCCAGGUCUGCCGAGACAUCCUUGCCCAAUCGAUUCCCAGACAAUGGCUGCUUCCCGCGGAUAAGCUCCCGUCCGCCGAGCGAACAAACUUUCUCGAGAUCCCGAGAGAGUCGGGAAUAUUGACUGAGACUGAGCUUCAGAUUACGGAGACCGAUGCAACGGGCCUUGUGGAGAGCAUGGCCGGUAGAACAUGGACGGCCGAAGAAGUGGUCAUCGCUUUUCUGAAGCGUGCCACAAUCGGGCAUCAGUUGCUCAAUUUUGCGACAGAGUUCAUGGUCGAAGAUGCUCUCUCUCAGGCCCGUGAUCUUGACGCCCACUUUCGCCGUACCAGAAAGGUCGUUGGGCCAUUGCACGGCGUUCCAAUUUCUGUAAAAGAAAUGGUGUCCUUCAAGGAUCGCGUCACAAAUACUGGCUACGUCUCUUGGUCUUCUAAUGUUGCGUCUGAAGAUGCCUUGAUUGUGAGGACUUUGCGCAAGGCAGGUGCGGUGUUUCAUGUCCGCACAAACCUGCCACAAACAUGCAUGCACCUGGACUGCAACAAUAAUAUUACGGGGCGGACGCACAACCCUCACAACAUCCGUCUCUCCCCCGGCGGCUCAUCCGGUGGAGAAUCUGCAUCCAUCGGCUUCCGCUGUGCAGCAAUCGGCAUCGGGAGUGACAUUGGCGGCUCGAUCCGCCUUCCUGCCGCUUUCUGCGGCAGCUAUGGUAUUCGGCCUACUACCCUUCGAACUCCAUGGAACGGUGUCGGGUUGGCAGGAGAAGGCCAGGAGGGCAUUCGUUGCACCCUAGGUCCACUCACAAACUCACUGCGUGAUUUGGACCUUUUCAUGAGAGCAGUCACAGAUGGGAAGCCGUGGGAUGAAGAGACAUCCCUCGUGCCAAUUCCGUGGAAGCAGCUGACGCCGUCGCCUGAGUUCACUGUUGGCGUCCUGUGGGAUGACAUGGUGGUUCACCCACAUCCACCGGUUCAGCGAGCGAUGAGAGAAGCUGUGGCAAAGAUGACGUCGGCCGGAAUCGCCAUGAAAGACUGGCAGCCAUACAAACAUGCCCACGGCAUGCGCAUCAUUAACGACCUGUUUUAUCCCGACGGCGCAGCUGCUCAGCUGGCUGCUCUGGAAGCUUCAGGCGAACCAUGGCUUCCACUCACCAAGGAAGCAUUCACUCGUGCUCGCAAGAUGACCGCCGCCGAGACGUGGACGGUUAAUCUGGAGCGUGAGGCCUACAGAACGGAGUAUCGGAUGCUCAUGAAGGAGCAGGGCGUUGACUUCAUCCUCUGUCCAGCCUACCUCGGCGUUGCUGCUGAGCCCAACGAGGCCCGCUACUCUGCCUACACGGCUAUAUGGAACAUUCUGGAUAUGCCUGGCGUUGUUUUCCCUACCGGGCUUAAGGUUGAUCCGGAUCUGGACGGCAUAGAGACCGACUACAAGCCACGGAGUGCUCAGGACGAGUUCGAGUACAGGGCAUAUGCUCCGGAGAAGUUUGUCGAUGCUCCGAUCGGCCUACAGCUGGUUGGUAACCGCUUUUGUGACGAGGAAACUGUCGCUGCAUCCAAAAUUCUUGAGACAAUUAUUCGAUCAUCGUGA